AAAGAUGUUUGGGUUAAUGGGUGGGAAAGCGCGUGAGAGGGCAUCAUAUCAUCAUUCUGGUAUUCUUCUCCGUCAAAAUCAAACAAUCUUUUCAUAAAUCUCAUAAACCCAUUUAUCCCUCUCUUAAUCCCUCACCUAAUUUUCCUUGCCUCAGGGUUUCUUCACAUUAAUUAUUCAGAUUUCAGCAAGUGGAUUUUGGAUUGAUACCAUCUUCAGGUUACUGCUGCUUUAGAUUGGAAGUUGUAUUGGUGUCCACUUAAGAUGGGGAUCUCUGAUACGGUACGUAGCCUUUUUCCCUGUAUCAAGUCACACUCCACAAGUGAUGGUGAUGAUUCUACCCAUAAUGUCGAGUUUGCUGGUGGAAAUGUGUCCCUUAUUACUACAAAAGAAAGCUGGGAUCAGAAGUUGGCAGAAGCAAAAAAAGAGGGCAAAAUUGUUAUUGCAAAUUUCAGUGCUUCAUGGUGUGGUCCAUGUAGAAUGAUUUCUCCAUUCUACUGUGAGCUGUCUGAGAAAUAUCUUUCUCUGAUGUUUCUAACAGUCGAUGUUGAUGAGCUUACGGAAUUUAGUUCAUCCUGGGAUAUCAAAGCAACUCCAACCUUCUUUUUCCUCAAGGAUGGGGAGCAGAUUGACAAACUCGUAGGAGCCAAUAAACCAGAGCUACAGAAGAAGAUAACCACAGUUACAGACACACAUGUAGCAUGCGAGCCGCAGCCACAGUAAUUGCAAUUGGAGGUGUGAAUUGUCUUUAAAAUCCCUGCUUUCCAGUUUUUCUCAAGAAAUUCAGGUCUCCAAUAGGUGUGUCCUUCGUUUCUUUGCAUUGUUGCCAAUAUGUUGUACAGUUGUUGUACAUUGAGCCACUACAAAUUUGGGGGACAUCUUGUGUGUGUGUGUGUGUGUGUGUGUGUGUGUAUGUAUGUUAAAAAACUGAAGGCAGUCCAGUCCCAAUAUUCAACCCCUUCCCCCAAUCAACUAAAAAACAUGAAAAGAAUGAUGUGAUUGGAAUAAAUUAAGGCUUGUUUAUUUGAAUCAUUAUGAUCUUGAAAGAAGCAUGAAGUUGUAUGUAUGCAAACAAGUUUGUGCCAUAAUGUGAUCCGCUGGUAUAUUUUUGUAAAGGAAAUUUCAAAUU